CACGUGCUCUGCUGGUUUUGCUUUGGGGUUGGCACUCACGACCUCCUGCAAGCGUUUUGGUUCCGGACUGCGUGAAAGCUCCAUCGCGGCGCCAUGGAAAAGAAAAUCGAUGAGAUCCUUUGCAAAAUGGAGACCACGGCGGGGAAGGUUGACUUGUAUAAAACGAGCAAGGUCAAACUCCCUAUGGCAGAGCUUGAUUAUUUGAAGCAGCUGGGCUGUCCAUAGAAUUAUGGAAUUUUCUUGCCAGUGCCCCUGCUAUACUGAGGAAUUUGGAGGAUGCGCGAGAUUUUAUGAACAUGAUGGUCACCAAAACCAGCGAAAACCGACAACAGUUAGCAGACAUUUUCGGCGGGGAUUGCUCACGAAUCGCUCGGAUACGCACGGUUCUCGACGAAGUGGUGCUGUCUGACAUGAAUUGCAACGACCAGCGUGUUCGAACCUGCACUGAAGCUUGCGAGACGAUCGAAAAAGUUUUGGAGGAUAUGGGCCUGGGAUGGUGUUUGAAGAAAGCACAAGAUGAACAAAAGGCCAGCUUCACCCGAAGGCGGUCAAGUAUCGACCGGGAGGAUUUGCAAAAGGCAGUGCUGCAGAUAGAAGCGCAGGCAACGGGUGCCACGGAGGCGGAGGUGGAGGCAGUGCAAGUAGUGGAAGUGGAGGAACGCUUGUCACCAAAGGCAAAAAAGGCCGCUGACGCUUGGGCUGAAUGCUAUGAUGAGGACUUUGUGAAGCGUGUCCUGGCAUGCCAACAGCCCGGUGAGCUUCAAGCACUCGAAAGUGAGGCAAAGGCGAGCAAAGCGACAAAACUUGGGAAUUGGAUGAUUUGGAUGGUCCAUCGUGCCCACUUGGAUGACCCAACGUUGGUCAAAUUCGAUUUCACCAAUUUGAAGAUGCCAGAAGGUAAUGUGGAGCCGUUGAUCUCUCCAAAGCUAGCAGUUGCAAUGGAGAGCAAUACGCACAUUGAGCACCUGCUGAUGGGUUGCACUAAUUUGCAGGACCAGGAGGCUGCCAUCCUGGCCGUGUCAUUGCGCUCCAACCGUUCUCUCAAGGUAUUGAACAUCGACACCAAUGUGAUCCAACCCUUGACCUUGGAGUCCAUCGCCAAUGGCACCAGCGUGAACGAAGCUCUACAGGAGCUGCGGUGCAAUAACACUGCUAAUGGCCGCCUGGUCACUGAGGCCUUUUUGCGUGCUUUGAAGUCAAAUCCCAGUUUGUGCAAGCUGGGCUAUCCAGUGACAGACGCCUAUUUUCGCGGGGAGAUUGACAAGCAACUCACGCGGAACAAUGAUGCUGCUCGCAAGCGACGCUUGGAGGAGAAGCGCCGCAAGGAGGCAGGUGAGGCUGAGAGCGAAGCUGCUGAGACCAAGGGAUAUCCACAUCCACCAAAAGCAGAUCAGCAACCAGAGCGAUCCCCAGAGCGAAUCAAGGAGGUCAAGGAAACAGUCAAGGAGGUUUUGGAAGUGAAGGAGGUAAUCACAAAGAAGCAAGAACUGGAAGAGGCUCCACAGUUGCCAGAAGCGGAGCCAGCUAUGCUUUCUGAAGCAGGUCCGACCACUGAGACAUCACCCGAGCUGAAGGAGGCCGCAGUUGAGCCAGCGGAGCCUUGCCAGGCUGAGGCUGAGCCAUCUCCGGUGGCCGAGGACGAGUUGAAAGAGCCGCAAGCAAUGACAGAAGAACCGUGCGACGAACCGGAACGAGCUGGAAGCAGCUUGAAGGAGGCAAGGAGCAAGGUGUCAGCUUCGGACUGCGAACAUGCGCGCACUGACAUACCCGGGACUAUUGAAGCCUUUUUGGGCGAAGGUUCCAAGACAUCGGCUCCUCUUCCAAUGCGCAAUUUGCGCGGAUACCUUUACAAGAAGAGUCCUGGUGCUCGUUUGCUGAAGUCAUGGGACUGGAGGUACUUUGUUCUUCAUGAGGGUCGUCUCAUUUGGUGGAGGAGGGACCGUGACAUUCCUGCGGACGAGGUCUUCAGCCAUGCUGAUCCUGAAGGGUGCAAAGGUUUCAUCAACUUCAAGGUGAGUCGUGCGCGUAUCAUGCCAGAUGAGCAGAAUCCUUUGGUCUUUGCGAUUGAAUCGGUUGACGGCAAAUGGCAGGAAGGAUCUUUGAAGGACAUGAGCGAUGCGCAGAGGACUUUUGAGUUUGACUGCACCAAAUCCGCGCACACCAGGGAGGAAUGGAUGGACGCCUUACGAAGCACACAACAGUGAUGGACGAGGGUGAGAUCACUGACGCAGCUUUGAACAGGUCACAGGCAUCAAUGGAUUAAUGGUCUUGAAUCUUGGCUUCUAAAGUCUGUACAGGUCUUUGACAUGAUGAAGAUAACGAUGAAGGAAAACAUGCAUAACACCCUGUAGCAACACCCA